CUCUCUCUCUCUCUCUGUCUGUCCUUCCUCAUCCUCACCCAGCUGCUCCCUUCAUGGAGAGGAAUUAUCCCACAGCAGGAUUUGGAGACCUGGGAGCUGCAGCAGGAUGGAGAUCCGACCGCUCCACCAAAGCGAGCCUCGUGUAUGGGAGUUCCAGGUCGCCCCAUCCGGAUUCAGAACUUCUUCAUCGUCAAGCCUAUGCCCCCCCUCACCCUCUGCAAGGCUAUGCAACCAGCUCCAGGCAGGGAGGAGUCUUGGGGCCCCCUGGACGAACACUGGGUCUUUCGGGGCUGUUUGACACCAGCUGGCACCAUGCCACCACCUCUGGUCCUGAUCCAGCUGUCAUGAAUCUGAUCUCAGCCUUUGAGUCCCGAGGUCCACAGUCUACACCCUCUGAUUCCUCUCUCCUGUCUCAGUUUCGUCCGCCCUCUUGGCAGCCCACCAUGCAUACUCAAGCCUCUGCAGAGCUCUUUAUUUCUGGAGCACUCCAGAGUUCUGGGUCCUUCCCUUCAACCAUUUCUGCGUAUCGGCAUCCUGGUUCAUUCACCGGACGAUCCUUGACUCCUCUAUCAUUUCAGGAUACUUCAACAUAUAGUCCAAGUUCCAAUGGUUUUCUUUCUCCCCAUGAUUCUCUGCUGAAUAGUAAAACUCCCCCCCAGUCCAGCUUGGGCUAUGAUCGCUUGCUUUCUUCUCAAACUGCCACAUUUAGGGGGUCCCAGGAGUCCCCGGCUGCUCAGAAUCAAACCACCUCUGACUCCACCAGUUGCCCCUUGCCUCCUCCCCAGUUCAACCUGUUGUCCUCCCAACUGCCAAACCGGUUCUCUCAGUUGUAUAAUUCAUCCAUGUUCUCUUCUGCUGUAGCCUCGCCGGAUGCAGCAGCCCCCCAGACACAGCCUGCUUCAGAUAGGUCGGUUUCUCGUCAGGACAGUGUGAUCAAACAUUACCAGCGUUCACCCCCGUCUCCGUCUGCAUCUCUACAGCAAUAUGGACGCUAUGGUGGGUCAUCUAGGUACCAGCCGUUAGUCACUCCAUAUCAGCAUACUGGAAUGCCCUCUAGUCCAGUGGAUGAACAAUGUUCUUCCACUGACCCUAAACCUCCACUGCAGAGGGAACCUGAAACUUAUCAACCAACCAUCCAAACUACCUACACAGCCACACCAACCAUUUCAUCUAUUUCAUCCUCUCUGGGCACAGAGGGGCCCAAUGGUUCCUGCUCUACUUCCGGCUCCUCAUCGUCCUCUUCCCGUACUCCACACUCUCCAAAAUCUGCCUCGUUAACCUUGUCCAGUUCCAAGACAAAUAGCAACUCCUUAUCUGCUCCUUCUUGCCAACAGCCUGUUCCUCAGCUAGAUCCAGCACUGCCUCUGCUGCCAUCUACGGACGUUCAUCAGCCUGCUGCCACACCAUGCUUACCCAGCUAUAGCUCUAUAUCUCUGGAUAAAUCUAGCACCAUUAUGAUGACCCCUCCCCAGUCGCAUGCUCAGUCCUACUCCCCCGGUGAAGCUCCGUCUGCACACAAAGCUCAGACCUUUGAAGAAUUCGGCUCACCUCGUUCCCAGGAUUUAAGUUCUGGGGGAGGGGUUACUGGGGGAAAGGCUUUCAAUAGUAUGGGCUCAGAAGGACGAUCGUUCUCUGCAGAAACAGUCUUUGGUGACUCCAGUUAUGGAUCUCCUUCUUUCAGGAGAGCAAAAAGCCCUGCUUUGGAUUAUAAAAAUGAAUCAGGAAGAAUUGGACCAAUCUCAGGAGCAACUACACAAAGAAGUGGAAUAGGAUCUGUUGGUUCAGUCAGUGCUAUAUCUGCUGUUUGUAAUGAAAGCUCCUACCACCUGCCUGAGUCAAGUAAAUCCCCUAAUAUCAUUUCUAACAUUAGCCACUCUGUGCUACACACAUCCUCUGCUCCUACACCAUCCCCAGGGAGCUCAGGGGGGACUAAAUACCUGUCUUCCAUCUUGUCACCUGCAUUCAUGUCCUCACCACAGAGUUUCCCUGAUGCACAACAAACUCAAAGCGGCUCCAAUCACUCAUCAACAACCAAACCAAAAACUGGCACAGCAUUAGGGGCAGCUGAUGGAGCUGAAGUGGAAGAAGCUGAGGAUUUUCUAUCUCUACACUUAAUACAUACACAAAAAUCGACAGCUCAUCUUUCAGAGCAUCAUUCCCAACACCUAUUCCAAUGUAUAUCGCAGGCUGAGGAUAGGGACAGCAAGAGGAUGUCUUUUGAUAUCAACAAACUGACAAAUGAACGCUAUCACACUCAGAGUGUCAUUCGUACCAAUGACAUCACCAACCACACUGACCCUGAAGCAGCAAUGAGUGAAACAGCAAGUGACCUAAAUAGACAGUUAGAAUCAACUCAGAAAAAACAACAGACCAAGUCAGAUUUGACUGUAUCAAAGUCUCCUUUUGGAGACGAAGAAGUAAUUUCAGAUUCUCUGUCACACUCUGAGACAAUCCAGACCAACCAACAUUACCACGAGUCUUUGGGGUCUGUAGAACAAUAUAAAAGAGGGGAUCCCUAUACCCAACACUCACACCACCAGCAGUCCUAUCACACCUCCAAUCUGUCCCUUUUUUCUCAUCAGCAGUCGCAACACUCCCAGGAAAGAACCCAGCUUACACAGCCUUCUCAGCAUAGCCAGGCAAAUGCCCACUCUCAAAACAACCCUCACAUGGACUUACAGAAGAAUUCAAAUAAAAAUGACAAUGCCUACUUACGUAAUACUCCAGAUUUGCUUCUAGCUCGCCAAUGCCAGCCCCCCCUUUCCUUUGCAGAUUCAUUAUCCGACCCCUCACACUCAACUCAUAUAGUGCAGUCCGUACUUACUUAUACACCAAGCACUAAGAUUGACCUUUCACAAGUAGCCCCACAACAGCAACAGCACCCACAUCACCAUUUAAGCCAGAAAAAUAUAAUGGGGACAACAUUAGUAAAAGCUACUGGGGUUGUAUCCAAUUCCCAAAACCUUUCUCCCCAUGUGCCGCUUUCUCUGCAGAACCAAGUCAGAGAUACCCACUACAGUUUUGCCACUCGAUCAAGAGAUCAGCCUCAAGCAAACACAAACCCAAUGUCUCCCCUGGAUAUGCUAGACCAAUCUCUUUCCCAGAACAAUAACAGUGACACUGAUCAAUCAUUAGGUGUGAAUGUCCCAGUAGGGGAGGCAAGUAGUGGAGACAGGUACAGACAUCAGCACAGACUUACACCUCAGCAUCAUUCCCAGCCAAAGCACUCUGACCUUCAUAAUCUUCUUGCUGAACAAGAUUUAGGGCAAUCCGCAUCUUUUCACGUUCACCACCUCAACUCUCCAGCUGCCCAAACCCACGCGCACGCCCUUCAAGGACAACAAUCACAUCCUCACCGGCAGAUUUCAGGUGAACGGUUAGGUCAUCCACAGACCCAGGGGAUGACAGCAAACAUGGCUUCUCCUCACCAUCCACCGCAGACUCACCAAAGAGAAUCACAAAUGCGACUGCCACACUCUCGGUUAGACCAGCUCAAACUGCCCCGGUUUGACACCAUUAGCCCAGCAAAUAAAAAUGGACUGAAUCAAAUUCACCAACAGACACGGUUUCCACCUCUAACAUCUAUCUGCUCUCCAGAUUCUUUCUUACAAGAUGAGUAUCGUCCGUUCUUUCCGGAGAUGGAGGACGCAUUUUGUCCGACCGCAUAUAGGUCAAGCUGCACUGGGGAUUCUGGAGCAAGGCUGGAUGUUCAUGGGCAAUCACAGCAGGGUAUGGAAUCCCUAAAAAUGGGAACUGCUAGAGAGGGAUAUGAUGUUGGUAUUCAUCACCCUGACCAGGGUUAUGGACAGUACUGCCACAACCUUCCCCGAAAAGGUAAUAACAAUCAGCAUUUAGAUUUUGACUCUCUGAAGACCCACAAGCUUCCUUUAACUGUAAAUACCGAGCAGCUUGGCCUAAUCCAGUCCCAGGCUCCAUCUAUUGCACUGGGUUCAGAGGCCCAACGGGAUGGAUCAGUAAAUAAAAUCAUGGGAUCUAUGGGAGGAAAUUCAGGCACUACAGGUCUGACAUCACCCAUCUUUUGUUCUUCUAGACCCAGAAAACUUCUGAAGACCAGCUCUUUUCACUUACUCAAACAGCGUCGGGAGACACCAGCCCAAACAAAAAAAAAUUAUCCGCAAGAGUAUGAAUUUGAAGAUGAUGAGGAUAAAGCUGAUGCCCCAGCAGAUAUUCGCCUCACUAGCCGACGAGUUCCAGACCUCCUGCCGGACUUGGUGUCAAAUUGUAGGAGGUCUACCAGUGCUACUGGACUAACUCCAAUGAUGGGUGAUGUGGAAUUCUGCCAUCCGUCUAGUUACACUCUCCUUGCGCACCAUUCACAAGUACUACCUCACAAUGGCCCUAAGAAAAGAGGCAGGAAGCCAACUAAACCAAAACGUGAAGGCCCUCCUCGUCCACGAGGUAGACCACGCAUUCGCCCUCAUCCAGAGCCUCCCUUCUGCAGGGGAUUAAUGGGCUCAGCCAUUGGACAAACAAGACGAGGACGUGGGCGGGGUAGGGGGCGAGGUAGACGAGUGGAAGGACUGGUGGAAACACAUGAAGACAUUAACAAAGCACAAAGCCUUCCGUAUAAUCAUCAGCAGCAACAGUACGUCCAACAGCAGCAUGUCCAGCAACUCCCACACCAACAUUACAGUCUACAGACCGACCUUAAUCAAGUUCCGCAUGAACAUGUGCAGAAUCACUUCGAUCAUCAGCAGCAGGUUCCUUUUUCCAACCAUCAACUGCAACAUCAGCAACUUUAUCAACCAGAGAAGCAGGAAGCACCCCAGGAACCGCAGCAAGACUCCACAAGACCAUUCAAG